GCAAGCAGCAGGCUCACUACGAGAUCAAGUGUGGGAGCGUGUGUGUUUGUGAGAGAAGGAGAGGGAUAGACCCAAUGUUGUUGUAAAGCCAACAAGGUAAUCUCUAGUUUCAGCAGGAGACAAGUGUGAAGAGGAGGUGUGAGUUUUUGAGGAAAAGAGAAUAGAAAAGCUUCUUUUAUCUUCUGAAGGGUACAGAGCCAAAAAAGAAAACAUCAAUGACCUGACAAAAGACCACAUUGCUUUCCGGUGUUGAUCAGACAGGCAUACCGUGGAGCCGAACUCUAACACCUUUACACCCGCACCCCCUCCUCUCGCUGCCCUCCACUCACUGAUGAGCAUCUCUCCAGCUGCAGGAAGACUCAGGGGCCACGCUGACACAGCCAGAAGUCUGGAGGACCGAAGUGGACACUUGCCCUUCUGUGGCACUCCAUCAAACUAGGUCUUCCCUGGAUAUUUCCUUUAUCUCAACUCGAAGGCUGAGUCUUGGUUUUGUGCCAACCCCUCCGAGCAUCCCCCUUCCCCUAGGAGCAAAGAUGAGCUGCAGAAAACGGUGUAAACGUGAGAUCUUCAAGUUCGCACAGUACCUGUUCAGACUUAUCACAGGCACGCUCAACACCGACAGCGUUGAAGAUGAGCUGGAACUCUCUGCAGUCCGUCAUCGCCCCGAGGGCUUGGAGCAGCUUGAGGCACAGACACGGUUCUCCCGGAAGGAGCUACAGAUCCUUUACCGUGGCUUCAAGAACGAAUGUCCAAGUGGAGUGGUCAAUGAAGACACCUUUAAAGACAUAUACGCACAGUUUUUUCCACAAGGAGAUGCUUCGACGUAUGCUCAUUUCCUGUUCAACGCGUUUGACACAGAUCACAAUGGCUCUGUGAGCUUCGAGGAUUUUGUUAUGGGGCUUUCAAUCCUGCUGCGAGGCACAGUCCAGGAAAAGCUCAUUUGGGCUUUCAACCUUUAUGACAUCAAUAAAGAUGGAUACAUCACUAAGGAGGAAAUGCUGGACAUCAUGAAGGCCAUCUAUGACAUGAUGGGUAAAUGCACAUACCCCGUCCUGAAAGAGGAGACGCCUCGUCAGCAUGUAGAAGUAUUCUUCCAAAAGAUGGAUAAGAAUAAAGAUGGCGUGGUAACCAUAGACGAGUUCAUUGACUGUUGCCAAAAUGAUGAAAACAUCAUGCGAUCGAUGCAUCUCUUUGAAAAUGUUCUCUAACUUUUGGCCGCCUGCCCAAGCUUUGGAGAAGAACAUCAUCUUUAGCAUGGCCCAGUUACUAACUUGGACUCAUACUGUGUACAGUGUGCUAUGCAGACUUUUCACCAUAGAUACAAUAUUAUUAGUUAUUAACUGUUGGGCCACAAUUAGGAAUAGGCAGCAUAUUGGGAACACUCUGGAAUUUCUUUUCUUUUUUUCAGAUACUAAAAUAGGUUUACAAAUAAUAUUUAAAAAGGAGGUAAAUCACAAUUUAACAAAAAAUUCUACCUUUUCAGCCUUGUUUUAAUUUACAGCCCAGUAAAAUUACUGCAACUCAACUUUAGAAAUAUGUCCUCUAAGUUCCAGAGUGUUCUUAUCUGACAUAGAGAAGAAGUGGGGUCUGUGAUUUUAAUCUUUUAGAGAGAAAAACAAACAUGUUAGACAUUAGACAAGAAGUCUAUGAGAAAAAGGUUCGAUUCUGCUCAUGUUUACUUGCCAACUAGACAACACAAGGAUUUUACUGAUGUCAAAAUUAGACCUUAACUUAAGCACAUGGGUACAGAUGUGGACAAAUUUGUUGGCACCCCUGGUAAAGAUGUAUACUAAUAAAUAUAUAUAUAUAUAUAUAUAAUCUCACUCUGAACAAUGUUACAAAACACCUUUAACAUGACGUUUUUUCCAAGAAUACUAUAAAACAUUCACACUCUUUAGAUCCUAUUCCUCCUGAUGGUUUUUUGGCAUCUAACUACUUUUUCUGCUAUUUCAACCAUUUAAAUAUCAAAACGUCCAGUUGUGUUUGGACUUGAAGGCUAUGAAAUGUGCUGUUUAACUUUUCUACCUUUUUAUAAUAUUAAACUAUUCUUAAACAAUUAAAUCCGAAUGUGAUGAAUAAGCCGAGCUUUCAAAUCAUUCAAACAUAUUGGCUAUUUGAAUUCUCAGUUUUUGAAUGAGUCUGUAACCUACAGCUGCACCUGAGGCUCCGUUAAACAUGCAGUUUUGACUAAACUAGACAGUCCCAGUUUCUGAAGACAUGAUUUCUCAGUAGGGUAUAGCUACUCCCACGAUGGAACAAUUUUAUUGUUAGCAAACAUAGCUUGAUCUCCCUAUUCCUCAGUAAUAUGCAGGGGAUGCCUACUGAACACACAGAGGCACAAACUCCUGACUGCACCUGCAUCAAUGCAUCAUAAAUCUAUUCAGUGCACAACUGAAAGAUAAAUACGUUAUAGUUUUUUAGUGGUACUCGAGCGACCCUUUUCUAAUGGCGACCUGGGCAAAUGCCCAUAUUGGCCCUGUCAAAAAUUGCCACUGCUUCCUACUGCCACACCUUGUAAUAAUACAUCACAAAAUGUAAAUCUCAAAUCCUUGAAUUCCAAACGGUUCAUGAGGCAAUGAACUCUAACAAGAUUCCUAGGGCCUUUUUGGAACAAGAAACAGGCCCACAGCAUCACAGAUCCUACACUGUACUUAACAGUAGGCAAGGUGUGUUUUUUUUUUUUUUUUCUCAGAUAUUCAUCCUGAAAUGCAUGCCAGCCCACCUAGGAUGCUAAAAGGCCCAUCUUAGUCUCAACUGACCAAAAUGCACACUUCCUGUUAAGUUCCUGUAGAGUUUAGCCCACAUGUUUACAUUUGUAAUGGUUAGACAAAAAAGGCUUUUUUUUUUAACAUCACUCCGAAUCGUCUGGUUGGCAUGGA